UAUAGUGUUGUCUAACCGUCAAGCGUCCGCGCUAGAAACAAAGUCCAACAAGUCCAUCAAAUCUGCGGCGACCCAAGAUUUAAUAACAAGUGCAUCAUAAUGGUUGCUCACAUUAUCACAGUUUUAUUUUCUGCAUUUAUGAUAUACACUGCCUGGCCUGGAUCAAGUCUUUUUCCAUGGCAUCCAACAUUGAUGACUCUAGCAUUUGUAGCUGGGAUGUUCGAAGCUUUAAUGGUGUUUAAUCGCGAAAGUUCCUUGUUCCUUAACGCAUCUCGACCCACCAAAGUACUAGUGCAUCAUGUUCUGCAAGUUUUCGCAAUUGUGUGUGCCCUUAGUGGAUUUGGUGUAAUCUUUUACAACAAAAUGCUUAAUGACAAACCACACUUCACGACUUGGCAUGGAUUAUUUGGAGUGAUCACCAUUUGCUCCCUUCCGCUGGCUGCGGUGGGUGGAAAUGUAGUAAAGUACCAGUUUCUUCGUGACAUGCUCAGAAUCAAAAUCACACUUGCUCAAUUGAAAAUCUAUCAUGCCACUGGAGGCCUCAUCGUUUUUACCAUGGUGAUGAUCACCCUCAUGCUGUCACUGUAUUCUAACUGGUUUACAGGCAAUGUGUCUGGUAUAUUAUGGUAUGCCUGUGCAAUGUGUGUCUCCUUCAUGGCAGUGGUUGUAAUGAAUCAAGUCACUCAGGAGUAUCUGCCAAAAACGCGCAGACAGUCUGUCUCACCUCAGAAGUCUGGGUCACAAGGCAAUAAGGAAUCAAAAAAGAAGAAGUAGACCGAUGUGACCACUUAUCACUGAUGCAGAUUUCCUUUUUAAUCAAAAUAAUGAGGCCUUAUAUUGUUCUUAAUGAGAGUAUGCUUUGUGUAAGAUCAACUGUACAAGUCUCUUGUAAUGUUGAUCUUAAUGCAUAAGGUACUGUGUACAACAUCAAUGUGUUGUUUAUAUUUUGUUCAAGUUUUUUUAAUUAAAUCCAGACUAACCUGUCUAUAGAGCGGCAGUUAUUUAAUCUGAUAGCGCCUUUUUUAACUCCCAUGUUUUAAUGCAGUGACUUUGUAAAGUCAACAAACUGGUCUCUUGUUGUACUUCUAUGGUUGUUACUUAAUUAAAGGUGUUCUUUUAUUCCAUUUUGCUUGAAUUCAUAUUUUUUAGAAAAUUUAAUAAAGAAGGAAUUAAUAUGU